AUGAGCGACACCAACGGAAAAGCACCUGUCAAUGGCGACGGCGCGAUGGUGCCCAAGCGCAAUGUCGACGAGCCGCUCGUCAAGAUCCAACCGCCCAGGAGGGAGGACUUGCAGCCGAGCUAUGCGCGUGCGAUCCAGCCCGACGAUGCGGACGCCGACCACCACGGCUGGUACGGCGCGAUGGUCAACACGCUAGGUUCCUGCAUCGGUACCCUCGGCGCGAUUCCCUGCUGCAUCGUCUGCCCCAACCCGUACAAGCAAGUGCAGCAAGGAAACGUCGGCCUCAUCACAAAGUUCGGCCGCUUCUCGCGCGCCGUCGACCCCGGUCUCGUAAAGGUGAACCCGCUGUCUGAAAGCGUCAUCCAGGUCGACGUCAAGAUCCAGAUUGUCGAGGUCCCUAAGCAGGUCUGCAUGACUAAAGACAACGUCUCCCUCCACCUCAACUCCGUCAUCUACUACCGCAUCACGUCCCCCCACAAAGCCGCCUUCGGCAUCACAAGCAUCCGCCAGGCCCUCAUCGAGCGCACGCAGACCACCCUCCGCCACGUGAUCGGCGCGCGCGUCCUCCAAGACGUCAUCGAGCGCCGCGAGGAAAUCGCCGCGUCUAUCCGCGAGAUCGUCGAAGAGACGGCCGCAGGCUGGGGCGUAGACGUCGAGUCCAUGCUCAUCAAGGACAUCAUCUUCUCGCAGGAGCUGCAGGACAGCCUGUCCAUGGCCGCGCAGAGCAAGCGCACGGGCGAGGCCAAGGUCAUCGCUGCGAGGGCCGAGGUCGAGUCCGCGAAAUUAAUGAGGCAGGCUGCCAACGUGCUCAAUAGCGCGCCCGCCAUGCAAAUCAGGUACCUGGAGGCCAUGCAGGCUAUGGCCAGGAGCGCAAAUAGCAAAGUCAUAUUCAUGCCUGGGCCGACUAACUCUGGCGAUUUUGGAGUCCAGCACUCCGGGGAGGGGGGCCCGAGCGAUGCGGGGACGAGUGGGACGAGUGCGCUGCCGGCGGGCAACAUGCAGCAGACGAUCAACGCGCGUGUAUUUGAGGAGAUGUAA